GAAGAGAGUGCGAAGAAGAAACCGGAGCACGUGACAAUUUCCGGAGUUGAAUUUAUUUAUUAAUUUUGUCUAUUUAUUUAUUUAUCUACCGUUGCCUUGCUGGGUUACCAACCCCCCUUGGAUCCGAACCAAAUAUGAAAUUGCUGCUCGACUCCUCCUCAUCGCUCCUCUUCUCGCUGCUAUUGGCCCAGCUGCCUGUCUUCACGUCUGCCUCCCCGGUACCGCAGCGGCGGCCCACUGACAUGGAUAAACUGUCCAAUCAGACCAAAAAUCUAAUGAAGCUCACCCAAGAACUGCUGAGGGAGCAUGCAUUUGCCUCAGACGUGGAGCCCCACAGGUUCAGCUCUCUGCCAGAAAUGAGCAACAGAUCAGCCAAUGACCUCAACAAUCUUGAGCUGAAGCCCACACUCUCUCAGCUGCACGCUGACCUGAAGCUGUAUGAGCACCACUUUGAGUGGCUCAACAAGGUUUCAAAGAAGCACCACCACCCUGCACUGCCAAAGCUGGUGGAGAUGAUCAGAGAAAUGAAAUCUCUCAUCAAUCUGCUGCACCGUCAGAUGUUGAGAGUUGAAGCGCCGAGGCUGACUCAGGCGACCCCCUCCCUCCCCCCUCACCUCCCCUAUCAGUUUGACGUCUUGCAAUCCAGCCACGAGCUUCUUCAACACUUCAAGCUCUUCUGUGACUGGGCGUACAGAGCAUUCAUCAGCCUCAAGCCCAAAGUCUCUGCAGUGCAAUGACGAUCCAUUCGUUCCUCUCCUUUCAACCACAUGGCUGCAGAGUCGGUGAGGACACACGGAGUCCCACCUCAGCCAAAGGGGAAUUAGGACCGCGUCAGUGUGCACCGUAGUUAAUAGCAUCCCUUAAGAGGCCCAAACAUCAACCAAUGACUUCUGUGUUGAAGAAUGUUUUUCCAUCAGAGCCAAUAAGGAUGCACGAUACACUGCAGCCAGUCACAACCAUCAAGACUCCUGCCAGUUCAACUACGAUGUCACGAUCCCCAAAACUCUCUCCUAAAGGCCUUGUUCAUGUUAUUUAUGUAUUUAUUUAUUUAUUAACUGUUGGUAAUUUAUUUAAUUUUAUUUAUUUGAAGUUGUAAUGUGUCACUCUCAUCUUUAUUUUUCUGUUUUAACGUGAAUUUAAUUGCCCACGUCUCUGUAAUCUAUCUUUUUUGUCUUGUCUCUCACUGAUUCCUCAAGAAAAAAAAAAAAAAAACACAGUAGCACUUCCUGACUUUUGUUUGAUUUAAUCUACUUUGUGCAUUUCUUCAGCCUAUAAUUCUUCCAGUAGAUGUAGCAUACAUAUGGGACAGCCAAGGGUUUCACUAUCUCUCACUUACAGUGCCAUUACAGUUAGAAGAAGUUAAUGUCGUCUUCUAACCGUGUUAAACGUGCCACGUCUUAAUGAUUCAAUAGAAAUUAAUUUAUCUGAAAAUGUCAAAAUGGUAGCCGACGAGAAGUGAAUACUUUCUUUGUACCGCAGGCAGAGUCUCUGGUGUCGUUGCCUGUUUCUCACGUUCUGCAUGAGGAGGCAUAUUUAACAUUGUGGUAAAGUUGUAUGAAUGUGCCCUGUUGCUGAGCACUGAUGGACCUGAUUAGAUUCUUUGCACAAACUUGUUAGGAUUAGCCUCUUGGAUGAGUGAGAUGGCUGAUUUUGAACCUGUGCUUUGGGGGUAGAAAAGUUUGUUGUUGUUGGUUAAACACCCAAAGCCUUAAAAUACUAUGUAUUGUGACACUAUGUUCUGUACAGGUGUACAUAAGUGUACAAGAAUGUAAAUUUGUUGUAUACAGUGCUUUGUGUAUUAUGUUGUUUUCUACAAUAUAAUGUAGAUUACUUUACCAACUUUAUCACUAUUAUUUUUUGGUUCAUUCUUAUUCUAGUAUUUGUUACAGUAUUGACUAUUUAUUUAAGUAACUUGGUGGAACUAUUUAUUUUGUGCUGCAGUGGAGCAAGUCUCCUAUCUUUUUGUACUUUUAUACAAUUUUUAUUCUUAUUUACUAUAAUUAUUAUUAUUAUUAUUAUUAUUACACCAUCCUGUUUAAAUUAUUGUUGUAACAUCAAGAUGCCUCUUCCACACACUGAUUGGCCUCAAUGUGAAAUAUGUGCCUUGGUGAA